ACAGAGUUUGUUUACACUGAUCUGUUAAUUUUCUUGAUAAAACUAAUAGAUAAAUAGUUUAGUAAUGAAAUGAAAUGAGAAAAGCCUACAAAUAUUGAAACUCUUGCAUGCAAUUACGGUCACCUCACCUAUGUUUUUAACUUUCUAGUGAUCUUGUACACAAUUUUCAACUCUCUCUCACUCUCUCUCUCUCUCUCUCUCUCUCUCUCUCUCUCUCUCUCUCUCUCUCUCUCUCUCUCUCUCUCUCUUCAUAUUUUAAGAUUAUUUGGAUAGGCAUGGGAUAGUGGGUUGUGAAACUUAAAACCACCAUGGACUAUCUGGGGUAGGCAAGAAAGAUAUCUAGAAUCCACAUGAGUUAUCUAUCAAAAAACUAUGAAAUCUUCACAAAGUGGAUUUUGAAUACUUUUUGCCCACCAAAACCAAUGAACCAACACCAAAAUGAUGCCAUAUAUGUAGCAUUGAACUAUUAAUAACUUCAUACUUCAUCUGAUCAAAGAUGUUUUACCUCUUAUGUUAUUCUUAUCUUAAUAUAAUUGGUUAUCGUUGGUUUAGCCACCAUUGAGGUUCUUUGCUAUGUUUAAGCUAUAAUCAAUAACUGAAAUGCUUGAACACAAUUUUGGCAAUUAUAGAUCUAUGUAUCAAAAUUGAUCAAAUGAUGGAAAAAGCUAAUUCAACUGUUUGUGUUUCAAUGAGUUUUGAUAAUCCUAGAAGAUGGGAUUUGAAACUUCAUGAAACUGCUCAGAGUAGUUUUAAGAGAGCCUAUCACCUCUUAAAUUGUAUCUCAGAUAAAAAGAGAGAAACAAGUGUUCAAGAAGUGACUCUCCUAGCUCAAGAUGCCAUUGAUGAAUUCAAAAGGCUGCUUACUCUCCUAGACAAUGGAUCACUGCUAUCAUCAUCAUCAUCAUCAUCAGAUAAAAAGAGGAUUAGAAAGGGUCCUCUGCCUAAAACCAAUGAUGUAAAUCAUGUUGAACUGAUGGAUAGUCCAAAUUCUUCUUCGUACAAAACUUUGGCAUACAGCUCAACCAAACCCUUCAUAGGUAGACAGUUUCAUCCUCCUCAGAGUACUAGUCAGGCCUCUAGUUCCAUUCAUAGAAGCAGUCUCAGCCUGAGUACUUUGAUUCUUCCUAGUAAUUCAAUCAUGGGGAUGAGCCAAUUCUCUCAACAACAGCCUAGCUGCAGCUCUUUGAUCAGUAUGAAUGGAAGUAGCAUUAUUAAAACAAAUGUAGUUCAACAGCAUUCAUCCUCAAAUUUUUUGGCUUCUGAGGUCAGCACUUCUUCUAUACUUUCUUCCAAGUGGAUGUGUGGGGAGAAAAGUGAAGAUACUACAAGUAUGAAGUGUGUAGCCUCAACUGGUGGAUGUCACUGCUCAAAGAGGAGGAAACUCAAGAAAAGGAGGAGAAUUCGAGUUCCCUCUGUUAGCAAUAAAUUAGCAGACAUACCUCCUGAUGACUACUCUUGGAGGAAAUAUGGUCAAAAGCCCAUUAAAGGAUCUCCAUAUCCAAGGAGCUAUUACAAGUGCAGCAGCUUGAAGGGGUGCCCUGCAAGAAAGCAUGUGGAGAGGUGUUUGGAGGAUCCUACCAUGUUAGUUGUGACAUAUGAAGGUGAUCACAACCACUCAAGAAUCAGAUUUCAAGCACCCAAUUUGAUGAUUCAAGCUCAACAAUAAACUGAAAUUUUAAACAACAAAUGGGGGACCAACAUUUCCUUAUGGUUGCCUCCUCCUCUCCCUAACUAACAACAGAUGAAGAAUCGCCAUUCGGUAUAUUUGCCUUUUUCUUUUUGCUUCUAUGUAUACAAAAUUAAAUAAGUUAUCUUCUGGAUCACUUGUAUACACCCUUGUUACACAUUCCAAUUAAAGCUCUUAGUUUUAGAAUUGAACUAUUUGGUACUCAAACUAGCUCAUUAGCUACAAAUUUGCGCGACUAAUAGCGCCAACAAGGCUUUGUUUUGUGAUAAGUCCAGUGCUUUCCUUUUAAAACAAAACAACUUUAGCCCUUAUUCUUAUAAGUGAAGCAAAAGAUUGUUUUGUUCAGUGUUAUGCUAAUGAAAUUUGUAGUUGAGAAGUAGAAAGAACCAACCUUUGCUGCAUGGUAUUCAUGGGAAA